CCCAACGAGCAAACAAACAUGGCUUUCAAAUUCGUCGUAUUCGCCGCAUUCAUCGCAGUAGCCAGCGCGGGCAUCGCCGCCCCCGUGGCCUACUCUGCUGCCCCAGCAUACUCCUACUCCGCCGCCCCAGCCGUCUCCUACUCCAGCGUAUCCGCCCCCGUAGCCACCUACGCCGCACCAGCCUACGCCAAAGUAGCUGCCCCCGCCAUCUCCUACUCCGCCGGUCCCGCUCUGUCCUACGCCGCCCCAUCGGUGUCAUACGCCGCCCCAUCUGUGUCCUACGCCGCACCAUCUGUGUCCUAUGCCGCCCCAUCUGUGUCCUAUGCCACCCCAGCAUACAAAGUAGCCGCCCCUGUUGCAUAUGCCGCUCCCGUAGCCAAAACCAUCGUCGCCGAGCCCUCCGCCCCAGCCCACUACGAUUUUGGAUACGCUGUGAACGACCCCCAUACCGGAGACAGCAAGAGCCAGCAGGAAUCCAGACGUGGGGAUGUCGUCCAGGGAAGCUACUCCCUCAUCGAAUCCGACGGCACCAAGCGUACCGUUGAGUACACCGCUGAUCCUCACAAUGGAUUCAACGCUGUAGUACACAAAGAACCCGCCGCCGUAGCUGUCAAAGCCGUAGCCGCACCAGUCGUGGCCAAGGUAGCCGCCCCAGUGGCCUAUGCCGCCCCAGCGGCUUAUGCCGCCCCAGCAUACAGCUACGCCGCCCCGGCCAUCGCCAAGUACGCCGCUGCUCCUGCCCUGUCGUACGCCGCUGCUCCAGCAUACAGCUACGCCGCCCCCACUAUUGCCAAAUACGCCGCCGCCGCCGCCCCUGCCUACUACCACUCAAUUAAACGAACCAUGGCUUUCAAAUUUGUAGUAUUCGCCGCCUUCGUGGCCGUCGCCCGUGCUGGAGUCAUCGGUGUAGCCGCCCCCGCAUACUCCGCCGCCCCAGCCGUUUCCUACUCCAGCAUCUCUACCCCACAUGCUGCCCCAGCUUUGUCGUACGCCGCACCAGCUUUGUCCUACGCCGCCCCAGCCUUGUCCUAUGCCGCCCCAGCAUACAAAGUAGCCGCCCCUGUAGCAUAUGCCGCCCCCGUAGCCAAAACCAUAAUUGCCGAGCCCUCCGCCCCAGCCAACUACGAAUUCGGAUACGCCGUCAACGACCCCCACACCGGCGACAGCAAGAGCCAGCAGGAAGUUCGUCACGGAGAUGCCGUCCAAGGCAGCUACUCCCUCAUCGAAGCUGACGGUUCCAAGAGGGUAGUUCACUACACCGCUGAUGACCACAACGGUUUCAACGCAGUCGUCAGCAGGGAACCUGGUGCGGUCGCUGUCAAAGCCGUAGCUCCAGUCAUCGCCAAAGUUGCCGCCCCCGUAGCUUAUGCCGCCCCAGCAUUGUCUUACUCUGCCGCCCCUGCUUACUACCACCACAUUAAACGAACCAUGGCUUUCAAAUUUGUAGUAUUCGCCGCCUUCGUGGCCGUCGCCCGUGCUGGAGUCAUCGGUGUAGCCGCCCCCGCAUAUUCCGCCGCCCCUGCCGUCUCCUACUCCAGCAUCUCCACCCCUCAUGCUGCCCCAGCUUUGUCCUACGCGGCACCAGCUUUGUCCUACGCCGCCCCAGCUUUGUCCUAUGCCGCCCCAGCAUACAAAGUAGCCGCCCCUGUUGCCUACGCCGCUCCCGUAGCCAAAACCAUCAUUGCCGAGCCCUCCGCCCCAGCCAACUACGAAUUCGGAUACGCCGUCAAUGACCCCCACACCGGCGACAGCAAAAGCCAGCAGGAAGUUCGUCACGGAGAUGCCGUCCAAGGCAGCUAUUCCCUCAUCGAAGCUGACGGUUCCAAGAGGGUAGUUCACUAUACCGCUGAUGACCACAACGGUUUCAACGCAGUAGUCAGCAGGGAACCUGGUGCGGUUGCCGUCAAAGCCGUAGCUCCAGUCAUCGCCAAAGUUGCCGCUCCCGUAGCUUAUGCCGCCCCAGCAUUGUCUUAUUCUGCCGCCCCCGCUUACUACCACCACUUUGUACUAUUCGCCGCUUUCAUAGCCGUCGCCCGUGCUGGAGUCAUAGGAGUGGCCGCCCCCGCAUACUCCGCCGCCCCAGCCGUCUCUUACUCCAGCAUUUCCACUCCUCAUGCCGCCCCCGCUUUGUCCUACGCCGCCCCAUCCCUGUCAUAUGCCGCCCCAGCAUACAAAGUAGCCGCCCCUGUUGCCUAUGCCUCCCCUAUAGCCAAAACCCUAAUCGCCGAGCCUUCCGCCCCAGCCAACUACGAAUUCGGAUACGCCGUCAAUGACCCCCACACCGGCGACAGCAAGAGCCAGCAGGAAACCCGUCACGGAGACGCUGUCCAAGGCAGCUACUCCCUCAUCGAAGCUGACGGUUCCAAGAGGGUGGUGCACUAUACUGCUGAUGCACACAGCGGUUUCAAUGCUGUAGUCAGCAGGGAACCUGGUGCGGUCGCCGUCAAAGCUGUUGCCAAAGUUGCCACCCCGUUAGUGGCCAAAAUCGCUUCACCAGUCGCUUAUGCUGCUCCUUUUUUAUUAUUCGCCGCCUUCCUAGCCGUCGCCCGUGCUGGAGUCAUAGGAGUAGCCGCCCCCGCAUACUCAGCCGCUCCAGCUGUCUCCUACUCUAGCAUCUCCACUCCUCAUGCCGCCCCCGCUUUGUCCUACGCCGCUCCAUCAUUGUCCUAUGCCGCCCCAGCCUUCAAAGUAGCCGCCCCUGUUGCCAAAACCAUUAUUGCCGAGCCCUCCGCCCCAGCCAACUACGAAUUCGGAUACGCCGUCAAUGACCCCCACACCGACGACAGCAAGAGCCACCAGGAAACCCGCCACGGAGACGUCGUCCAAGGCAGCUACUCCCUCAUCGAAGCUGACGGAUCCAAGAGGGUAGUUCACUACACCGUUGACGCACACAGCGGUUUCAACGCUGUAGUCAGCAGGGAACCUGGUUCAGUCGCUGUUAAAGCCGUUGCUCCAGUAGUUGCCAAAGUAGCCGCCCCAAUAUUUGUAGUAUUCGCCGCCUUAGUGGCCGUCGCUCGUGCCGGAGUCAUCGGCGUUGCCGCCCCAGCAUACUCCUCCGCCCCUGCCGUCUCCUACUCUAGCAUCUCCGUGCCUCAUGCUGCUCCCGCUUUGUCCUACGCCGCUCCAGCCCUGUCUUAUGCCGCCCCUGCAUUAUCCUACGCCGCCCCAGCCUACAAAGUAGCCGCCCCUGUUGCCUACGCUGCCCCCGUAGCCAAAACCAUCAUCGCUGAGCCCUCCGCCCCAGCCAAUUACGAAUUCGGAUACGCCGUCAACGACCCACACACCGGCGACAGCAAGAGCCAGCAGGAAACCCGCCAUGGAGACACCGUCCAAGGCAGCUACUCGCUCAUUGAAGCUGACGGUUCCAAGAGGGUAGUACACUACUCUGCUGAUGAACACAAUGGUUUCAACGCCGUAGUAAGCAGGGAACCUGGUGCGGUCGCCGUCAAAGCUGUUGCUCCAGCCCCAUUCGCUUACGCUGCCCCAGUGGCUAAAUUCGCAGCCCCAGUCGCUUAUGCUGCUUCCCCAGUAGUCAAAUACGCCGCAGCCCCAGCGGUGUCUUACUCCAGCAUCUCUGCCCCCUUGGCCGCCGCCCCUGCGUACUACCACCACUGA